AUGGCAGACGGAUUUAUCAUCCCAUCAUCAGCCAGUCCAGAAUCGGAUGCUCGACAUCGAUUACAAGGACCAAUUCACGCGCAACGCCAUGUCCGGGUCAUAUGUAUCGGUGCUGGUGCUUCAGGUCUCCUGAUGGCAUACAAGCUGCAAAGACAUUUUUCCAACUACAGUCUUCAGGUCUACGAGAAAAAUCCUGAAGUGUCGGGCACUUGGUAUGAAAACCGAUAUCCGGGAUGUGCAUGCGAUGUGCCUUCUCACAACUAUACGUGGUCUUUCUUUCCGAAGCUUGACUGGUCGGCUGUCUACGCCAGUUCCAAAGAGAUAUACACAUACUUCAACGACUUUGCAUCAAAGUUCGGACUCCAUAAAUAUGUCAAGACCCAACACCAGGUCAUUGGUGCACAAUGGAACCAGCAAAAAGGAGGCUACAAUGUGCAAAUCAAAGACCUCGAGACUGACAGAAUAGUGGAUGACCAUUGUGAUAUCUUAGUGAAUGCUGGAGGCAUUCUGAACAACUGGCAAUGGCCCGCUAUACCAGGUCUGGAAAAAUACAAAGGCACACUACUUCACACUGCAAAUUGGGAUGAGAGUAUUGACCUGAGAGGCAAGAACGUUGGUCUUAUUGGAAAUGGCUCUUCCGGCAUCCAAGUUCUUCCAACAAUCCAACCAUAUGUAAAGAAAGUGAUAACAUUCAUUCGAGAGCCGGCUUGGGUUUCUCCUGUUCAGGGUCUUGAGCAACAUGUCUUCUCUGAAAGUGAAAAGCUAGCAUUUGCUACACAACCCGGGGUCUUGCGCGAUUACCGCAAAGAUAUUGAGCGAGGCCUCAAUGGCCAAUUUGGCGUCUUCCUCAAAAACACAAACAUACACAAUGAAACCGAAGCUUAUUUCCGGGAGCAAAUGUCGGAAAAGCUAAAAGAUGAAUACCUUAGGAAGCGCCUCAUUCCAGAUUGGCAAGCCGGCUGCAGACGAUUAACACCUGGUAUUGGCUACCUCGAAGCCCUGGCCAAGCCAAAUGUACAAACCGUAUACGGCGAGAUCAACUCAAUAACUGAGCGUGGCUGUCUCUGCGACGACGGCAACGAGUACCCCGUCGACGUCCUCAUCUGCGCUACCGGCUUCAACACAUCCUUCAAACCACGCUUCCCCAUCAUAAACCCCUCAGGAACCAAUCUCCAAGACGCCUGGACCAAAGAACCACGCUCCUACUUCGGCCUCGCCGCCGCCGACUUCCCCAACUACCUCGUCUUCCUCGGCCCCAACUGCCCCAUUGGCAACGGACCCGUCUUGAGUGCCAUCGAAGCCCAAGCCGACUACAUGUGCAAGCUCAUCGACCGCUUCCAAACCCACAACAUAUCGUCAUUCGCACCAAAAGCAGAAGCAAUCGACGAUUUCAUCGCCUUCAAAGACGAAUUCAUGAAGAAGACAGUAUGGAACGAUCCCUGCCGCUCAUGGUACAAAUCCCUCGGCCCCGAUGGCCCCGUAACCGCGCUCUGGCCUGGCUCAACACUCCACUACAUCGAGGCGCUAAUGGAGCUGCGCAUGGACGACUGGGACGUCAAGUACACGGGCAAUAGGUUUAAUUGGCUGGGCAAUGGGUAUUCGCAGACGGAGAUUGAUCCGACGGCUGAUUGGGCGUUUUAUAUCCGUGAGCAGGAUGAUGAUGAGCCGAUCUCGCGGUUGCGGAAGUUGAGGAUUUUGAAUAAGAGUGGGACGGUGCAGCCGACUGCUGGGGUUGAUUUUACAGGGGCAAGGGCGAAGGAGAGUGCGGUGGCGGUGGAGGCGAAGUUGUGA